CAUCGACCCUAGGCCCACUUCAUCGUGGGGGGCGUGUCUACCGGAACACCGGGUGUGGCUCGACCAUGGCGGGUGUUUUUGACAUCGAUAUUGACGACGUGAAUGCGGGAGGCGCCACGGGCAAACCGCUGACCGCUCACGAGGCCUCUGACGAAGAUGAGCCGGAUAAUAUGCUGGAUCUCAAGGACGGCCAGAUCUCGGAGCCCAUGGACAUGAAGGAACUGAACGAGAGUCUGAUGCGCGCACCGGGCGUAGAGAAGGUGGAUGUCACCGAGCGGGUGGUCAGCUUGUCGCGCUCGGGCAAGAAAGCCGGCCCGCAAGACUUUGAGUUGCGCAAGGUCUUGGGCAAAGGCGGCUACGGAAAGGUGUUUCAAGUGCGGAAGAUCACGGGCGAAGAUCAGGGGAAAAUAUUUGCCAUGAAAGUGCUGAAAAAAGCCACCAUUGUCAGAAACCAGAAGGAUACGGCUCAUACCAAGGCUGAACGAAAUAUCUUGGAAGAGGUAAAGCAUCCCUUUAUCGUGGACUUGAUAUACGCUUUCCAGACGAAAGGGAAACUCUACUUGAUCCUCGAAUACUUGAGUGGAGGUGAGCUCUUUAUGCAUUUGGAGCGCGAAGGCAUCUUCCUGGAGGAUACAGCAUGUUUCUACGUGGCUGAGAUCACUCUCGCUUUGGAGCAUCUGCACAAACAGGGCAUUAUCUACAGAGACUUGAAGCCGGAAAACAUUCUUUUGGAUGCCAAAGGCCAUGUGAAACUAACCGACUUUGGGCUGUGCAAGGAAUCGAUCGAUGAACAUUCAGUCACGCACACGUUUUGCGGCACCAUCGAGUACAUGGCCCCAGAGAUCCUCACCCGCUCAGGCCAUGGCAAGGCUGUGGAUUGGUGGUCACUCGGCGCCUUGAUGUACGACAUGCUCACGGGUGCCCCCCCGUUCACGGCCGAGAAUCGGAAGAAGACCAUAGAGAAGAUUCUCAAAGGAAAGCUAAACUUGCCCCCAUACCUCACCCCCGAGGCCCGCGACCUCAUCCGAAAGUUCCUCAAGCGACAGGUGUCGGUCCGAUUGGGGAGUGGGCAUGCGGAUGCCGAGCCCAUCAAGGAACACGCUUAUUUCAAGCACAUCAAUUGGAGCGACGUGAUCGAGAGGAAACUCAAACCCCCAUUUGAGCCUCUUUUGACCAGCGAAGACGACGUAUCGCAAUUUGACACCAAUUUCACCAAGCAAACCCCUGUGGAUUCACCCUGUAACAACAGCUUAAGCGAGAGUGUUAAUCUAGUGUUCCAAGGUUUCACCUAUGUUGCACCCAGUGUACUGGAAGACAUGCACAGUCUAGAUUUUAGGCCACGAUCGAUGUCCCGACGUAUUCGCCGUCCUCAUACAUCUGGAGGUCCCUGCAUACCUGCAGUUGCCGAAGCCAUGGAAUGUGAUGAGAGUUCAAUGGACACCACAGCUUCGGCCCAAAACCCGCACUAGCUCAAUUUUGUGACCACCCUUUUUCUUCAAAUUUUCCUUUGCUGAGAAGAUUGACCCAGUGGUGAGGAAGUUGUCGUCUCUGCUUCCCUUCCUCCCCACUCGUACUGACCACGCCCCCUAAUUGAUGCGAUAAUGCCUUCCUGAUUAAGAAUAUUUUGAUAAUAGCAGUACGACGGGCGAAGAAAACUGACAAUAGUAGUGAAGUGGUUUAAUAGUGUUCAAACCCCGAAAUAUCACCGCUCAACCACAACAGCAACAAGACCUAAACAUCGCCUUCACCCGCAAACCAGCCACCAUUACCAUCACCAUCACCAACAACUAACCAACUAUAAGUUCAUCCCCAGACCAUCCGUGGUUGACAAUCAUCUCAUCGUGGUCGGGAACACAGCUUGGUUCAGUUUUCAUGCAAAGAUAUCGUUACUAAAAAAUCGUUUUGUACAUUUUAAUGAAAAAAAACCUCGUCCAGAACAAA